GAAUUGACAUUGACAUAUUUUGACAGUAAAAAUCGCAUGCUUUGUUGUGUGCGCGAAAAAGAAAAGUUUAAAUUCAAAACAUUUGCAUUGAGUUUCCGUUAUUUGUAUUUUUUUUACUCCAAUCUAUUAUUAAUUAAAUUCUUAAACAAUUAAGGUCCUAUGUAUGAUAAAAUAUUUGCAAACUAUGUCGGCUAUUCCUUCAGUUGUUCACUGGUUCCGAUUGGAUUUGCGUUUACACGAUAAUCUUGCAUUGCGCAAUGCAAUUAACGAGGCUGAGAAUAGAAAACACAUUUUAAGACCCAUAUUCAUAAUCGACUCAGAAAUCAAAGAUCAAAUACGUGGAAACAGACUACGAUUUUUAAUUCAGAGUCUUCAGGACUUGGAUACAAAUUUAAGAAAAUUAAACACUCGCUUAUACAUAAUCAAAGGAAAGCGAACUCAAUGUCUACUGGAAGUUUUAAAGAAAUGGGAUGUGAAAUACAUAACUUCACAAGUUGAUAUUGAUCCAGUUUAUGUAUCACAGGAUGAAAUUGUUGAGAAAUAUUGUGAAGAGAAUAACAUAUUUAUUGUCAAAAGAGUUCAGCACACAGUUUAUGAUUGUAAUAGUGCCUUAAAGAAAAACAAUGGAAAUGUUCCAAUGACAUACCAAAAGUUUCUCUCAUUGGUUAAAGAUGUUCAGGUGAAGGAAACUAUUGAAAUCACAAAGCAAGUAUCGGAUAAUUGUAAGCCUACAGACUUUGAUUCUAAAGAUUAUGAUGUACCAAGUUUGUCAGAAAUGGGUUUGGAUGAGUCUACUUUAUCUGAGUGUAAAUAUCCAGGUGGUGAAACAGAAGCUCUUAAGAGACUCGAUGUGUACAUGGCUAAGAAGCAAUGGGUAUGUGCAUUUGAAAAGCCAAACACUUCUCCAAACAGUAUAGAGCCAAGUACAACAGUAUUAAGUCCUUAUUUAAGUCAUGGUUGCUUAUCAGCAAAACUUUUUUAUCACAAACUAAAACAAGUGGAAAGUGGUAGUAGGCAUAGUGAGCCCCCAGUUUCACUCUUGGGACAAUUAAUGUGGAGAGAAUUUUAUUAUGUUGCUGGCACCGGUACAGAAAAUUUUGAUAAGAUGGUUGGUAAUGCUGUCUGUACACAGAUACCUUGGAAGAAAAAUGAUGAGUACUUACAGGCUUGGGCAGAAGGUAGAACUGGUUAUCCAUUUGUUGAUGCUAUCAUGCGCCAGUUAAGGCAAGAAGGGUGGAUACACCAUUUGGCGAGGCACAUGGUAGCUUGCUUUUUAACUAGAGGAGAUUUAUGGGUCUCUUGGGAAGAAGGAGCUAAGGUUUUUGAAGAUCUGUUGCUGGAUUAUGAUUGGUCUUUAAAUGCUGGUAAUUGGAUGUGGCUAUCCGCUUCUGCCUUCUUUUAUAAAUUCUUCCGAGUGUACAGUCCUGUUGCAUUUGGUAAGAAAACUGAUAAAGAAGGUUUGUAUAUUCGUAAAUAUGUGCCUGAGCUGAAGAAAUACCCUACUGAAUAUAUUUAUGAGCCCUGGAAAGCACCUAAAUCUAUACAAACUGCUGCAGGAUGUAUAAUAGGAGUGGAUUAUCCAAAAAGAAUUGUUGAUCAUGAUAAGAUACAUAAAGAGAACUUACAGAAGAUGUCUGCAGCGUAUAAAAUCAACAAGGAAAAGAAAGCAAAGAAAAGACCUAGAUCUGAUUAAGGAUAACUUUUUUUAUAGAUGUAUAAAAGAUGAUUCUGAUUUUUUUUAACUAAUGUUUUUCACAAAUAAAAUGUUUUGAGUGUU